AUGUUAUUCUUUAUCUACAUAUUGUUUGCUGGUGUGUUUCAUGAUGUUUCUGCUUUGAAAUGUUACAAAUGUGAUGCAAAUCGUGUUGAUUUUUGGAUCGAUGUCAACAAUGUUCCGCCUUUUUUCGAUGACUGUCCUGUAGUCGAAUCAGAAAAGCAAUGUUUCGCAUCAAUUCGAUGGUUAACAAUUGGAGACUUAAAAGAAAGUCUAGUAGAAUAUGAAGAUGAUUCUAGUGAAGAAUAUCGUCCAACCGAUUCUUCACUUUCCUAUGUUUUUGCUGAUGUCGAACUUGCACAACAGAUCUAUGCAAUGAUCGAACAAAUCUACUCNCGCUUAACAUACUUAUUCGAAAUCUCUUUAUCAUAUCACUUAUAUUUACAAAACAUUCAGCACCCAAACAUGAUUCAAGCUUCAACUAUUGCUUUCCUUGCAUUUGUUGUAGCAACAGUCAAUGCUUUCACAACAUUUGAACUUCAAUAUCAAAAUGCAACGUUGGCACAUCACAAUUAUUUGCGCGCUCGUCAUUGUGCACCACCUCUUCAACUUGAUAAUAAAUUGAAUACAAUAGCACAAGAUUAUGCAGAUUAUCUUGCAAGAACGAAUAAAUUUCAACAUUCAAAUAAUGGUUACGGAGAAAAUCUUUAUAUGUCAAGUUCAUCAGUUCCCAUCACAACUGUUGAUGGACGCGAAGCAACUCAAGCAUGGUACGAUGAAAUACAAUAUUAUAAUUUCAAUAGACCUGGUUUUUCUUCAAAAACGGGUCACUUCACACAGGUCGUCCGGGAAGGAUCAGAUCGUCUCGGUGUUGGUAUUGGUUUCAGCAGUGAUGACCGUAAAGUCUAUGUUGUUACAAACUAUAAUCCACCAGGUAACUAUCAAGGUCAAUUUGGCGAAAAUGUAUCCCCAGCUAAUUGCCAAUAA